AUGUCCCAUCGGCCCCUGGGUCCAGUUGUCGCAUUGCCUCCGGCCCAACUGCCCUCGGAGGUUACCCUCAUCGGCCGCACGGUUGCUCUGACCAAACUAAGCGCAGACCACGCCGCUCAGCUAUUCCCUCUGGUCGGUGGUGACGAUGCAACAAAAAUCGCCCUCUGGGACUACAUGGCCGAUGGUCCAUUCAGCGACCCCAUAACUUUCCAAGAAGCAAUCGCGGCCAAAUCGCGGUCUUCGGAUCCGUUCUAUUUCGCUGUCAUAGACAUUCGCCAGAACCCCGACCCCGAGAAAGGACAUGCUGUGGGCUAUCUUUCGUUAAUGAACAUUGUCCCUCAGCAUCUCAGCAUUGAGAUUGGGAAUGUACUGUUUUCUCCAACGUUACAGCGGACGACAGUCGCUACCGAGGCGUUCUACCUUGCCCUCAAGUACGCGAUUGACGAUUUGGGGUUCCGCCGCGUGGAGUGGAAGUGUAAUGCGCUGAAUGCGCCUUCCAGACGGGCUGCGCUGAGACUGGGGUUUACCUUUGAGGGGAUCUUUCGGCAGCAUAUGGUGAUUAAAGGAAGGAAUAGAGAUACGGCGUGGUUUUCGAUGCUGCGUGAGGAAUGGGAAGGGGGUGUCAAGGGGGCUAUGGAGGAGUGGCUGCAGGAGAGCAACUUUGACGAAAGUGGUGGGCAGCAGAAGAGUCUUGAAGAGCUGCGGAUGGGAAGGCAGCCAUAA